AUGGAGAAAUUCUCGUACAACUCUUAUCCAGAUUCGACUGAUUCUUCACCGAGAUCUCGUGAAAUCGACUUCGAUAAUCCACCGCCGUGGGAUGAUCAGAACCAGCAGCAACCACAGAGCUACAAGGUGAAGUUCAUGUGUAGCUAUGGAGGUAAGAUUCAGCCUCGUCCUCAUGAUAAUCAGCUUACUUAUGUAAACGGUGAAACGAAGAUCCUCUCCGUUGAUCGCGGUAUUAGAUUCUCCGUUUUAGCUUCGAAGCUCUCCGCCGUCUGCGGCGGUGGUGACGGCGGCGGAGAUGUUUCGUUUAAGUAUCAGCUUCCUGGAGAAGACCUAGACGCUUUGAUCUCUGUUACUAACGAUGAUGAUCUCGAACAUAUGAUGCACGAGUACGAUCGUUUGCUUCGUAUGUCGUCUAAACCAGCGAGGAUGCGCUUGUUUCUCUUCCCGGCUUCUUCCGGUGGAUUUGGUUCUCAAGGUUCGACUCAAUCGGAUCGAGAUCGAUUCGUUGAGGCGCUUAAUACGGUUCCUAGGUUAUCUGAAUCGGAGAAAUCCGUAACCGCUACUCCGAAUAACGCUGAUUUUCUGUUUGGAUCGGAGAAAAUCGUCGCUCCGCCGCCACCGCCACCGCCGACUGAGGUUAAAUUACCUGUUCCGGCGGUGCUUGAACCUCCGUUGUUCAACGAUCCUCGCGUGAUUCAACCCGAUCACGGCGUGAAUCCGAUUGAUAUUCAAAGACAAAUGCAGGAAUUUCAGAGGAUGCAAAUUAGGGAUCAGGAAGCUGUAUACAGAAGAAAGAGCGAAGAUGAAACCGGAGGUUACGUUCCUCCUCCGACGUAUGCUCAUACUCCGGUGCAACCACCUCCACCGCAGCCGACGAUUACACAAGCUCCUCCGAUGACUUUCUGGCAAGGAAACCACAAUAAUAAUACCGGAGGCGUAUUUCCAACAACGGGAUUAGGAAUACCGGAGCAGCAACCAGUAUACAUGAUUCCAUCACCGUCACCAUCUCCACAUCCCGGAACUGUAUACCACGCGCCACCGCCGCAACAACCACAAGGCGUCAUGAGACCAGUAGCUACAGGACAAGUAAACCAAGGCGGCUACUAUCCUCCGGCUCCGGUACAGAGAAUGGCUUCAGAUACUUACAGAGAACAACACCAACAAGCUUACACCAUGUCUAAGCCACAGCCACAGCCACCGAUUGGAACGAAAGUACAACAACAACCUCAUCAGCCUUUUACCACCGGUCCUCCACCGCCGCAAUACUCCGCCGUUCCACCGCCGCGACAAGUCGUCGGAUUACCAGAGACAACGGCGUAUAUUUCUCAGGUGACUUACACCGGAGGAAUGGGGAAACAAGUUUACUAUACGGAGGCGGCACCACCACCUCCACAGUACCAUGGAAUUGGUUUACCUGUGACUGGUAUGAACGAACUGAGAACCGGACCGGACGGGAAGCUUGUUGCUAUGAACAUGACACCGAAAGUUUCAUCGCAAAAUUCAGAUUCGGCAGUUUGA